GCUGGAGUGUACAGUAUGAAUAAUGUAGAUGGACAUCUUGGAGGAGAUCCAGGCCGGGCUCUGGGGAACAGAAACACCACCGCUGGACAAAGUGAACCACGCAGGGACAGCGCGGAUAAAAGGCCGAGGGGCGGCUCUAAUGUGACCGACUUGCAGACGGAGAUGCUCGGCAGGCAUAAAGGGAAAAACCUCGGUAUUGGUGUCGGAGCUGCAGCUGCUGGUAUUGGACCUCCUCCUCCUCCAUCAUCAUCAUCACCAUCAUCAUCAUCCCACCACACACCUCCGCCGUUCAGCCAGUUUCUCCAGCAGCAUCACCACCAGCGGCAAACCCACAACAACAACAUCAUAAACAACAACAACAACAUCCAGAAGGGUCAGGGAGAGCCGCGGGAACUGAGCAGCGGCGAGCGGCGGCACCAUGGAGGAAAAGAAGACGUCCUCCUGGUGGGGAACAGCCGAGCAGAGGAGCGCCAUCACCAACACCAGCUGAAUCAAAGCGAGGAGGAGGAGGAGGAGGAGGAGGAGGAGCGGAUGGAUGCCAGCCUGGGAUCAGCCACCAACAGCACCAACAACAACCCUCCUCCGAGUGGGACCAGCUCCGAGUUUAAUCAUUAUUAUGGGAAUGGAAGAGGAGGGCCUUGCUUUGAUCAACAUGGCGGACAACAAAGCCCAGGGACUGGGGUAACAGCGGCGCACUCGGUACACAACACUAUGGAUCAGGUUCAGAACUCCCACGAAGGCUACAACAACAACAGCCCGUACAACCACUACCCGAACUACCGACCCGGCUACGGGAAUAGUGGAUAUGGAGGCAUGAUGAGUCCCUCGCGCCAGGGGAAUAACCUGAUGGGCCCGGGCAGCGGCAGCUCGGCCGCUGCUAACCACAGCAAAGCGGCUAUGGCUGCUACCAGCUCCCCGGCUGGAAGCGGAGGUGGCGGCGGAGGCAACGGAGGAUUUCAGCGGUUCCCCGGACAGGGGCAGCAGCAGCAGCACCCUUCGGGGGCUACACCGACUUUGAACCAGUUAUUGACGUCUCCGAGCCCGAUGAUGCGAGGUUAUGGAAGUGGAUAUCCAGAUUAUAAUAAUCCUUCUGCACAACAACAGCCGAGCAUGGGGCUGGCUAAAGACAUGGGCUCCCAGUACGGCUCGGCUGCUCAUGGCUGGGGAGGACAACAAAGAAAUCACCCCACCAUGAGCCCGGGGAACAACGGGCAGGGCAGCGGCAGGUCCCAGGUGCCGUCCAUGGACCCGAUGGCGAUGAAACGCUCUCAGCUCUACGGAAUGAGCAGCAACCCGUACUCCCAGCAGCAGGGGGCACCGUACCCCGGCCAGCCCUACGGCUCCCCCUCGCCACAUAGAUACCCAAUGGGGAUGCCCGGCAGAGGGCAAAUGGGGAUGGGAGGGAUGCAGUACCCUCAGCAACAGAUGGGCUCUCAGUACAGUCAGCAGCAACAGCAGCAGCAGCAGCAGCAACAGCAGCAGCAGCAGCAGCAGCAGCAGCAGAACAUGGGCGGCUACUGUCAGCCGGGUCAGCCGCCGUACUUCAGCCCUCCCCAGCAGCAGCCCGCCGCCCCCAGCCAGCCACCGUACAUGCAGCCCCGCCCACUGCCACAGCAGGAGGUGCCACAGGAGGCGUAUGGGGGACGGGGCCAGUCUGCUGCUAUGACUCCUGGGAAACCGAACCACGAAGAGAUGAGUCUGAGCCAACAAGAGAGACCAUCCAGCUUGCCGGAUCUGUCCGGCUCCAUCGAUGACUUGCCCACCGGCACCGAAGCGGCGGUGAGUUCAGGGGCGUCGGGCUCAGGCAGCACUCAGGGCGACCAGGGGACUCCGGCCCGUUCGCCUUUCUCACCCCACGUCUCACCCCGGCUCCUCCCGCCAGCUCGCACCGGGCCCUCUCCCUCCCCCUCUCCAUCGCCCGCUGGGUCCAGCAGCCAAUCACGAUCAGGACCAUUGUCCCCCCCCACUAGUGGACCAGGCUCUCAGUUGACUCCUCAGAUGUCUGGUCCUGGAUCAGAUGUUGGUCCUCAUUCCUCCCAGUCUGCCAUGACUCAGGACAGAGGUUUCCCACCCUCCAUGCAGCGCAGCACCGCGGGGUCCCAGUUUGGUCCCCAGCACUCUGCACCACCCAUGGCUCCUCACCCAGCCCCAGGGGGUCCCAUGCACCACAGCUCCUACCAGCAGGGCAGCCACUCCUUUGGCCAGUAUGGACCCCCAGGUAAUUAUCCUCGCCCCCCCCACUAUGGCGGGGCCCCCAGUGCCAAUUACAGUGGGCCCGGCCCAGGCUCUGGCCUGGCCAACAGCCUGGGGUUGAACGCCAGCAGCCCCAUGCACGGUCAGGGCCCUUCCACCCCGGCAGGUCGUGGCCCUGGGCCUGGUGCUGGGGGCCGGCCUUACCACACUGGAGGCAACACCAUGGCCCCCACCUCCCCCGGCAUGCCGCAGCCUGCCGGGCAGGGCAUGGGACCUCCAGGGCCCAACACCAGCUGCAAACCACCUGAGAUUGGCCCCAACGCUGGACCAAGUGCCAACUCCUCGUCCUCGACUGCCACCCAAAGCAGGCCUCCCUUCGCUCGCUCGCCCGUCUACCACAACCAGUCCUGGCUCGGGGGUCGACCCGCCCUCUCUCCUACCCUUCACCCCUCCCACCCUCCUCACCCUCAGCACCAUCAUCCUCCUCUUCCUCACCCUCCUCACCACUCGCAACAGGGCACCAAUGCUCAGCCCCAGCCCACCGUGCAGACCCCCCCUGAGCAUUAUGGGCAGGGCAGCUACCCGGGCAUGACGCCGAUGGGUGGAAUGGGCCCUGGAGGCCCUGUAGGCCCUGGAGGCCCAGGUGGUCCCGGAGGUCCUGGAGGUCCUUUUAGCCAGCAGCCAGGCAGUAACUCUGGCAGGAUGACGCCACAGGGACCCCCCUACAGUGCCCCAUCAUCAGGGCCUAUGAUGAUGUCAGCAGAAGGGAUGGGUCCUCACGCAGAUGUCAAGCAAAGAGUUGAGCUCAGUAAAGAGGGAGUUGGCGCUGCCACCGAACCACCCAAACCCAAGGACAGCUACAGCUCUCAGUGUGUGUCCCAGCCCCCCACCCCCUGCCCCAUGUCCCCCAGCUCAGCUAGUCUGUCCUCCUGUCACGGGGAGGACAGUGAUAGCAUUAGCAGCCCCGCCUGGCUCAGGACUCCGACCAGCCCCAAGCCCAGCGUGGCCACCAUGACCAACGAGAAGAUCACCCGGCUGUAUGAGAUGGGCUCCGAGCCAGAGAGAAGGCUGUGGGUGGAUCGCUACCUGUCCUUCAUGGAGGAGAGGGGGACGCCCGUCCCAAACCUGCCUGCCGUCGGAAAGAAGCCGCUGGACCUCUGCAGACUGUACCUGGCUGUUCGAGAGAUCGGAGGACUGGCCAUGGUCAAUAAGAAUAAGAAGUGGAGGGAGCUGUCGUCCCUGUUGAACGUGGGGACGUCCAGCAGCUCAGCCAGCUCUCUCAAGAAGCAGUACAUCCAGUACCUGUUCGCCUACGAGUGCAAGGUGGAGCGAGGGGAGGAACCUCCACCUGAAGCCAUGGGGCCAGCUGGAGAAAGCAAGAAACCUCCUUCCCUCCAGGCCAAGAUUCAGCCACCCUCCCCAGCCAACUCAGGCUCUUUACAAGGCCCCAACACCCCCCAGUCCAGCAGCAGCUCCCUGACCGAGGCCCCCGGAGACCUGAAGCCCCCAACACCCGCCUCGACCCCGCACAGCCAGAUGGGCCCCCAGCCUGGAAACCGGAACAUUGGAGGAGUUAGUGUCCAGGAUCCCUUCUCUGAAGGCAGCGAUCCAGCCUUCCACACCAAGCGAGGCCCAGGACCCGGCGGCGCCCCCUACCAGCAGGGAGGAGGUCCAACAGACCCCGCCAUGAGGAUGCAGUAUGAUGCCAACAAAGACCCGUUCGGAGGACCGAGGAAGGGUCCUGGGCCCGGCGAAGCCUUCGGUCCUGGUCAGAUGCCCAGUGGUGCCAUGCAGGACAUGUACCCCCGUGGGCCGCCAUCCGGGCACCUGACAGGGAUGGGUCCCAGACCACAGUAUCCCUACGGCCCUGGCUAUGAGCGGAGACCAGACCAUGUGAUUGGUCCAGACGGAGGCAUGGCGCCCCCUGGGGGACAGAACAGCAUGGGUCCAUCUGGAAACGAGGCUGGCAUGUAUCCUCCCAACAGAUACCCCCACCAGAGGCAUGGACACGAUGGUUAUGGGCAGCAGUAUCCUCACAGCAUGGCCUAUGGUUCCCAUCAGCCCCUGUAUCCUCAGCAGCAGGGCUACAAGCGUCCCAUGGAGGGGAUGUAUCCUGCUGCCAAGCGUCAUGAGGGGGAGGCCUUCGGUGUGCAGCAGUACAGCUCACAGCAGCCCGACAUGUUCGGACCUUUUGGAGGAGGAGGUGGGGGCUACAUGGGCCCUGAGCGCCGGCCUGUCCAGGGACAGUAUCCAUAUCCAUAUAGCCGAGACCGACAGGGGCCCCCGCAGCACGGUAUGAUGGGCUCAGGACCGCCAACGGUGUCUGGGGGUCCCGGGGAGGGUCCACAGGCCAAUAUGUGGCACCCCAGGACAGACAUGGGUUACUCAUACAGCCGACAGGGUCAGGGGCCCCCCUACCCUGGCAUGAACCGAGGGGACGACCAGGAGGGCAGGGCCCCUCAGGACAACCAGUGGCCCCCCAGUCACCUAAGCCAGCGCCAACCUCCCUUUCCCCCCCACUCUUCCUCCUCUUCAUCCUCCAUGCCCCCUCUGCCUUCCAGACAGCCCCCCUCCUCCUUUCAGGCCACACCCACCGUCCCUAACCAUGUAAGCCGCUCUCACAGCCCCUCCUCCUUCCCCCGACCACUGGGAGGCUCUCUGUCCCCCAACAGUGCCCCAUACCUGCCCUCCAUCAAGAAGCCGGGGCUGCCAGGUGCCCCGCCGGGGCCCCCACCCACUCAGGGCCUCCCCCUCGUCCACAGAGAAGUCAGCUUUCCCCCAGCCUCUGUGGAGGCCACGCCCCCCAAACUGAAACCACGGCGACGACUGACCGCCAAGGACACAGGAACCCCAGAGGCGUGGCGGGUGAUGAUGUCACUGAAAUCUGGCCUAUUAGCAGAGAGCACCUGGGCGUUGGACACCAUCAACAUCCUGCUGUAUGACGACAGCACUGUGGGCUCCUUCAGCCUCACACAGCUGCCUGGUUUCCUGGAGCUCAUCGUGGAGUUUUAUCGCCGCUGCCUCAUCCAGAUCUUUGGUAUCCUGGAGGAGUAUGAAGUGGGAGCUGAGGGCAAGAAGACCCUGCUGGGACCUCUGCCUGAGGAGGAGAAGGAGGUGCUGAAGGAGCCUCCAGCUGCGACCCUUGAACCUGACGGCCGGUCAGCGGAGGAGCAGAGGAUCCAGAGGAGGCCUGCGAUAGAGGUGGAGGAGAUGCAGCCGCAACUCGCGGCUUUUCAAGAGGAGACGACAGACAGCAAACCCGUCGUCAAGGAAGCGGUGGAGGUGAAGCAGGAGCAUCAGGAGCAGUCAGAGCCCCGCCCACAACAGGCCAGCAAGUACGACAAGCUGCCAAUCAGGGUGGAGGAGAAGGGGGAGGAGUGGGAGGAGGUGGAGCAGCGCUGGGCCGGACUCAGCCGACCCAAUGGCUUCAUCAGCGGCCUCCUGCACUGGAAGGCUGGAGGAGGAGACUCCACCACUCACAUCCAGACACAUUUUGAGUCCCGCAUGGGAGAGUCUGCUCUCCCCGAGCUGCUGGAGAGGGAGGGGAGGGAGGGAGGAGACGAAGGGGGGAGUCCAGAAAAUGAGGGAUGUGAGCAGGGUAAGGACGAGGUGGACGGAGGCGUGGACAUAAACCUGGCAGAUGGAGGUGAAACGCAAGCUGACAAACAACAAGACUGUCUGUCAGAGGUUAGAGGUCAGAGGCCACCGGUUCCUGGUGAGGCGGCUCGGAGUCCCAUCAGCCAUCAGGAGGACGAGCCUCGCUGCUGGGACGAGGCUCCUCUGUCCACAGCCGAGUCCUGGCAGGACUCUCUGGCUAAACGCUGCGUCUGCAUCUCCAACAUCGUGCGUGGCCUCUCUUUCAUCCCCGGCAACGAUGCCGUCCUGUCGCGGCACCCCGGUCUGGUGCUGAUCCUGGGCCGCCUGGUGCUGCUGCAUCACCACCACCCCCGCAGGAAACGGACACCUCCCACCUACCAGCGGGAGGAAGAGCAGGGUCUGGCCUGCAGCCGGGACGAGUGGUGGUGGGACUGCCUGGCGGCGCUCAGGGAGAACACGCUGGUGACGCUGGCCAACAUCUCGGGCCAGCUGGACCUGUCACUGUACCCUGAGAGCAUCUGCCUGCCCAUCCUGGACGGGCUGCUGCACUGGAUGGUGUGUCCGUCCGCUGAGGCCCAGGACCCCUUCUCCUCGGCGGGCGGCUUCUCGUCGCUCACUCCUCAGAGAUUGGUGCUGGAGUGUCUGUGCAAGCUGAGCAUCCAGGACUGCAACGUGGACCUGCUGCUCGCCACGCCGCCUUUCAGCCGCCAGCAGAAGCUCUUCUCCACGCUGGUGCGCCUGGUGGGUGAGAGGAAGAGCCAGGUGUGCCGGGAGAUGGCGGUGGCCGUCCUGUCCAACCUGGCUCAGGGCGACUCCACAGCGGCGAGGGCUGUGGCCCUGCAGAAGGGCAGUGUAGGCACUCUGAUUGGUUUCCUCGAGGACAGCGUCGCCGUGGCUCAGUACCAACAGAAUCCACACAGCCUGCUGCACGCCACGGCCCCAACGGAGCCGCCCAGCAUCAACAUGAUGUGCCGCGCUGCCAAGGCGCUGCUGGCCAUGGCGAAGGUGGAAGAGAACCGGACGGAGUUUGUUCUGUAUGAGAGCCGGCUGCUGGACAUUUCGCUUUCGUCCGCCCUCAACUCCUCUGUGGCGGCCAUCAUGUGUGAAGUACUGUUUAAAAUCGGCCGCUCGUGACACAAACACCGCCAUGGAGCAUGCUCAGUGGCUCUAGAAGCAGCUCCGCUCAUGUGACGAACUGGCUCCUAUUAUAUUUUUAUUUAAAGAACAGAAAACAAAUGUUUUUACAUACAAAUGAAUAUAUAUAGAAUAUAUAUAGCUCCUCGGCUCCAUCCGCAAAUGUUUAUUUGGGAUUUUUAAGUAAUUUUAAUACAAAAAUAUUUAAUACUUGUAUUUUUAAUUUUUUAAUUCUUUUGUCAGUUUUUUGUUUUGUUUUUUGUUUUAACCAAAGUGUGACGGUGGAGAAUGCUCGGGUUCUGGCUCUCUUUGAUGUUUUUAAACAGACGUGGUCGUUUCUUUCUGUUCAGGGGGGUGGGGUUAGUUAGAUUUGGGGCGGGGUCAGCGUUAUUUAAAUAGUGACACAUGUUGUAGAUAGGCCUUUCUUUUCUCACGUGGUAUGACAGAGGAAACACUGAUGUUCAGUCAUGUACUUUGUUCUGGUGCAAUAAGUUUGUUUUGGGCGUUUUUAAAUGUGAAUUAUUUGACCAUCUGCCGUUUGACCAUCAGUAUUUUGCCGAACCACAGCAGUAUCAAACGAACGGGGGACUGCGUCACUUUCUGUUUUUUAAGAACUUUUUACAUCUCCUCCACCAAUCAAAUCCAAAUUUUCCUCCACCGUCAUCAUCCUCCUGUAAAUAGACGAUGUAUAUUUGAGCUGCAAUACAUGGUGUCAUGACUCGGUGACGGUAGCUGGUAAUCAAUUAACGGUCAUCAUUUAUAAUCACAUUUCUGCUCACCUGAACGUUCAGUUUUUCUCUUCGAAGCAGAUGAAGAGUAUUUUUUUUCUGUAUUUAAAGAAAAGCCUCAGUUUCAGGAUGUUUUAUGGGCUCUGAUCUGGGAGGGUGUGUUUGAUCUGAGAGACUGUAUGUACAGGAGGUAGGGGGCGGGGCUGUACUCAUGUUGUUAACUGACACGACUUCAAAAACAGUUAUAACAAAUGUAAAGAGAGAAAAAGAAAAUCUCUACAUUCAGAACGUCUCCUGUUUGAUUUGACAGACGUUGUUUCUUCAGUAUGAGAUCUUUAUAUGUUCCACAACAUGUUAAAGAAUAAACGUACAUGAACUCUGGUUGAGCACUGUGAA